AUGGUUCAUCUCUUUAUCUAUUGGACUCUCCUUGCCUGCGCGAUCCUCGCACAAGCAAGCAACCAGGAAUCUAGUAAGUUCCACUUUGUUCUAGUGCAUGGAGCUGGCCAUGGAGCAUGGUGCUGGUAUAAAGUCACACAAGAGCUUGAGGAACAGGGCCACAAAGUGGAUGCACUGGAUUUAACCAGCGCUGGAACGAGUGGUGUGGAUGCACUUGCAGUGGAUAGCUUGGAGACUUACUCGGUUCCUUUGGUUCAACUGCUUGAAUCACUUCCACCAAAGGAAAAGGUGAUUUUAGUUGGGCAUAGUCUAGCAGGUCUUUCACUUACAUAUGCCAUGGAAAAGUUUCCAGAGAGAAUUUCUGGAUCUUUUUUCGUAACUGCGCUUAUGCUAUCUUCGAAUGCAACUCAAGCUCGGCGAGCUUACAGCCAGAUUACUCAAGGUUUACAAAAAUAUAUGACACCUCUAUUUCGUAAUAGCUCCUCUUCAACACCUGCUGCUUCUUCGUUCAAGCUACAGUUUGCUCGACAACUUCUGUACCAAAAAUCUCCUCCAGAGGAUGUGGUCCUUGCCAAAUCGAUUCUAAAGCCAUUCCCGAUUCUUGACCCUGCCGUGAGCUUCACUGCAGCAAACUAUGGAAGUAUUCCUCGCUACUUUAUCAAAGCCACGAAAGACCGCACCAUUCCACUGAGACGUCAAGAGGACAUGAUCAAGCAGAAUCCUCCGCAAAAGGUUCUAGAGCUUCAUUCAGACCACUCUCCAUUUUUCUCAAUGCCCAAGAACUUAGUUCACUCUAUCAUGUCAGUGGUCAAAGAUUUUGUCAAAAAGUAAAGAAAUUGUGGCAGUCACUGUAUUUC